AUGCGCCGAGAAACUGUUUUACUCGUUCUCUUUGGAAUCGUAAUUUGUCAAAAGAAGAAUCCAUGGAAUGCUGAAACUGCCGAUCAGCGACUUGAUGAUGUGAUAACAAAUGAGUUUAAGGCGAGAGAUGCCGAUGGAAACGGGAAGGUUUCACCUAAAGAAAUUCGUACUUAUUAUGAAAACCAUCCGGAUAAAAUGAGCAAAGAAGGGCUCGAUUUUAUCGAUAGAAACUUCAACAAAGAAGGUGCUGCUGUCGAUCUGGAAGGCUACCGAAAGCUGAUAAAAGACUGGCUCACAGAAAAGGGAAGCGUCGAGAAGAUUCUCGUGGGAGUGUUCGGAAACAACACAAAGCAAUUACAAUCUCAUCAUGUUUGGCGUAAAACUACAAUCGCGCCAUAA